AUGAUUCAGUGUCUUUAUCGCAUACUUAUAAAAAUAAACGUCUUGAAAAGGAGUCGAAUAAUCAAUGAUCAGUCAUUUUAUCAGUACACUAAAUAUAGCCAGGAAAGCCUGGAAACAUUUUACAGCUUCCUUUUUGCUAGUCAUUAUACAACAAAAAGUAGAUGGUUUUUAAAACCGUACGUCGUUUUAAAUGGUAAAUUGAGAUCAAAUCGACCUCAGCUUUACUUGUGCGUUGGACUCUUCGGAAUUAGAUGGGGGGGAAUUUGUGGAUGAUUUCAGCCUCAUCCCCAGGCAAUCCACACGCCUAUGUUAGCCAUUUGCUGAUUGCGACGCGUUGCAUGAGCAGCCCCGCUAAGUUUGAGAGCAUAAGCCACCGGAGCAGCGUGUACGCUAACGUUUUUAUUUAUUUUUUUCCAAGAUGCAUUGACAACUGGCAAUGAUAAGAGCAAACGCGACGGACGGAGUCCCGUUUCAGCCUUAAGAGUCGCAGGAGGCAAAGUAAUGGUCCUCAAACGUCUUAACUAGUUCGCCUGCUUGUCUUUUCUUUAUUUCCGUCUGAAAGCCGCUGUCACGGCGUCGCAGGGCCCGUGUGCAGUGGAAAAAAAACCCCUAUCUACGGUUCAGCCAGGAAGUCAAACUAUAUUUUUUGAAAGACAAAUCGAAAGUCUCAAUUGCCGCAGGCGGACUUCAUGUUUUUUGGAGAGAAAAAAAACGUGGGCUUCCUACAAGUGAAGAGACAGAAGACGAGUGAUUCCCCAUCGUUCCCGGACAUGAAGAUGUGUGUGGGGCUUUAGGGGUGUGCUAGACCAAGGGAGAGCAAACUCACCACCUAUUCUGGAGGCACAUCAGCACCCGAAUCGGCGUCACAACCCCAUAACUGCCUCGUGGUACGGCUCAGAUGAUGAGGAAUGAGCAGAUGACAUCAUUUCUUUUUAAGACACUGAUGGUCAAUGCCGGGCUUGUCGAUGACGGAGAUCAGCGAGUGGAAGUCCACGGUACUGUUUAGUCCAUGAUGCCGUCGUCCACACGGAAAGGUCUGAAGGACCCCGAGGUGGCCAACCUCUUCUUCAAGGAUGACCCCGAGGAGGUCUUCUGUGACCUUCAAGAGAUCGGCCAUGGCAGUUUUGGGGCGGUGUACUUCGCCCAAAACUGCUACACGAAUGAGGUGGUGGCCAUCAAGAAAAUGUCCUACAAUGGGAAGCAAACGACAGAGAAAUGGCAGGACAUCAUCAAGGAGGUCAAGUUCCUGGAACAGCUCCGUCACCCCAACACCAUCGAAUACAAGGGCUGCUACCUGAAGGACAGCACUGCUUGGCUGGUCAUGGAAUACUGCCUGGGCUCAGCUUCUGACCUGUUAGAGGUUCACAAGAAACCGCUUCAAGAGGUAGAAAUUGCUGCCAUUACCCAUGGUGCCUUGCAGGGACUGGCUUACUUACACUCCCAUACAAUGAUUCACAGAGAUGUGAAGGCUGGAAACAUCCUCCUGACUGAGUCAGGUCAGGUGAAAUUGGCAGACUUUGGGUCUGCGUCCAUAGCGUCUCCUGCCAACUCCUUUGUGGGCACUCCGUACUGGAUGGCCCCGGAGGUGAUCCUCGCCAUGGAUGAGGGCCAGUACGACGGCAAGGUGGAUGUCUGGUCCUUGGGAAUCACCUGCAUCGAGCUGGCGGAACGCAAGCCCCCCCUCUUCAACAUGAAUGCAAUGAGUGCCUUAUACCAUAUCGCCCAGAAUGACUCCCCCACUCUGCAGUCCAGUGAGUGGUCAGACGCCUUCCGAAGCUUUGUCGACUACUGCUUACUGAAAAUCCCUCAGGACCGACCCUUCUCAGCUGAUUUGCUGCGGCAUGACUUCGUCCGGCGCGAUCGCCCCACCCGGGUCCUGAUCGACCUCAUCCAGAGGACCAAGGAUGCGGUGAGAGAGCUGGACAACUUGCAGUACCGCAAGAUGAAGAAGAUCCUGUACCAGGAGAAACACAAUGGGCCGAUGAGCGAGUCCCAGGAGGAGGAGGAGGACAGCGAGCAGGCCGGCUGCAAGAUGAACAGCCUGGGCAGUAACCACUCCAUCCCCAGUACCUCAGUCAGCACGGGGAGCCAGGGGAGCAGCAUCAACAGCAUGCAGGAGGUCAUGGACGAGAGCAGCUCCGACCUCACCAUGAUGCAACCCUACGACAGCAUCCCGGAGCCCUCCGCUGGCAUCAAGAAGGAGCAUGCCUGCAUUCGGGAUGAGUCCGGGCACCAGGAGCCCAGGCCGGAGGUGCGCCCCCCCUCCGAGAGAAGCCAGGCCAUCAGCUACAAAAACCGCGAGAGAUUCGCCACCAUCAAGUCGGCUUCACUGGUUACGCGGCAGAUUCAUGAGCAUGAGCAGGAGAACGAACUGCGGGAGCAGAUGUCUGGGUACAAGCGCAUGAGGAGGCAGCACCAGAAGCAGCUGAUCGCGCUGGAGAACAAGCUGAAGGCCGAGAUGGAUGAGCACCGGCUCCGUCUGCAGAAGGAGGUGGAGACGCAGGCCAACAACGCCCACAUCGAGCUGGAGAAGCUGGCCAAGAAGCAUGCUGUCUACACUGAGAAGGAGAUGAAGACGGCCGGGACCGACGAGAAGAAAUUCCAGCAGCAUAUCAUGACCCAGCAGAAGAAGGAGCUGACCACCUUCUUAGAUAACCAGAAGAGGCAGUAUAAGCUCUGCAAGGAGAAGAUUAAAGAGGAGAUGAACGAGGACCACAGCACGCCAAAGAAGGAGAAGCAGGAGCGGCUGUCGAAACACAAGGAGAACAUACAGCAUUCGCAGGCCGAAGAGGAGGCGCACCUGCUGGCCCAGCAGCGCAUGUUCUACGAACAGAACUGCAGGGCCUUCAAACAGAAGACCAUGGGCAAGCGGCACGGGUUCGAGGAGGAGCAGAUGAGGGAGGAGCUGAACAAGAAGAUGACCCAGAAGGAGAUGGAGCACUCCAUGCUGAUCCGGCACGACGAGUCCACACAAGAGCUGGAGCACCGGCAGCUCAAGAUGCUGCAGAAGUUGCGCAUGGACUUGAUCCGUCUGCAGCACCAGACAGAGCUGGAGAACCAGCUUGAAUACAACAGGCGGAGAGAGCGGGAGCUGCACAGGAAGCACGUCAUGGAGCUCCGACAGCAGCCCAAGAACCUCAAGGCCAUGGAGCUGCAGAUUAAGAAGCAGUUCCAGGACACAUGCAAAGUGCAGACCAAGCAGUACAAAGCACUGAGGAACCAUCAGCUGGAGGUCACCCCCAAAAGCGAGCACAAGGUCAUCCUGAAGAUGCUGAAGGACGAGCAGACGCGCAAGUUGGCCAUCCUGGCCGAGCAGUACGAACAGACCAUCAACGAGAUGAUGGCCUCCCAGGCACUGCGGCUGGAUGAGGCCCAGGAGGCGGAGUGCCAAGCCCUGAGGCACCAGCUCCAGCAAGAGAUGGAGCUGCUCAGCGCCUACCAGAGCAAGAUCAAGAUGCAGACGGAGGCGCAGCACGAGCGUGAGCUGCAGAAGCUGGAGCAGAAGGUGUCACUGCGAAGGGCCCACCUCGAACAAAAGAUCGAGGACGAACUGGCUUCGUUGAAGAAUGAGUGCACAGAGAGGAUCAAGUUCAUGCUGGAUCGUCAGAAGAGGGAGGUGGACGCGUUUGACUUGGAGAGCGCCCGGCUGGGCUUCAGCAACCUCAGCAUUCUGGACUAUCCCAAGGACGACUAUAGAUGAGAAAAGCUUUGCCACGGCUGCUGUACCUCCCUUAAUAUGUGGCUCCUUGCUACUGAUGUCACUUACGAACUAGUGCCUGUGCUGCCCUUAAGUACCAAGGGUCUCCCGUCAAGUCACAUGAUAAUAUGCUGGAUUUACUCUAUAGGUCGUCUUUUAAAAACAAAUGUCGCAGUGUUGAUGGGUUUUUUUUUGUGCAAUAAAUUCAUUGGUAAAGCUGAAAGCAAAGCAAAAAAGUAAAACAAUUUGGAUAAACAUUGGUUAAUGGCUGUACUUAAAAGAUGAUUUUUUUUUUUAGCAUAAGGGGGAGAUUUUUCCAUCUCGUGGGCAGCUGUACCUUCAAAACUGCCCUCCCCUCUCUGGAAUUUAUAAAUCAGGAUAAGAAGAUUUGGUACUUACACAAAGGCCGUGAUGUACAUAUGAGUAGUCUACGUCUAGUACGUUACUUUGGGAUUUAAUGUGACUUACCAAACGCGCCCUGUGUGUGGCAUUUAACUGUAUUGGAAUCAUUUUCUAUGGCGACAAUGUGAAUACAAGUCCCAACACCUAUGCAUAACGUGGAUUGGGAUGGUUGUGUAUUUUGUGUAUAGAAGGAUUUAUGGAGAGCUUUUAAUUAUUUUCAUAUUGUAUUUUAACUGGUCCUCAAAUGAAUUUUUUAGCAAUGAUUCUCCCCUCAUUGUUCAGUAUUUUGUAGUUUAAUCAGUGGGAUCUUGUUUGAAUUUCUGUUUAGAUUGUUCUCGCUUAAACCACCUUUAAGCUGUGAAUUUUUCUUAUGACAAAUCAAAAAAUGCUUUAUUGCAUGCACUUUAAUUUUUUUUCAAAGUUGAGCGGCAUGAAUCUGUCAGAGCUUUGAAUUAUAUUUGUAAAUAAAAGUGCUCAUCACAUG